AUGUCUGACCUCUUCGUUGAGCUUACUGCGCCGAAUGGUCGCAAGUACCAGCAGCCAAGAGGCCUUUUCAUCAACAAUGAAUUCGUCAAGUCCAAGUCGGGCGAGACCAUCACUUCCAUAAACCCGAGUGAUGAGAGCGAGAUCGUCUCCGUCUAUGCAGCUGGACCCGAAGACGUCGACGACGCCGUGGCAGCUGCACGGAAAGCAUUCAAGAACCCAGACUGGCGAGACAUGGACACCAACGCGCGAGCUGACCUUCUCUACAAGUUUGCCCAGUUGAUUGAAGAACACAAGGAAACACUAGCGACUAUUGAGACCUGGGACAACGGCAAGCCGUACUCCGUCUCGCUAAACGACGACUUGGGCGAAGUUGUCGGCACCAUCAAGUACUACGCAGGAUACGCCAACAAAAUUCACGGCACAGUCAUUGAUACAUCGCCUGCCAAGCUUGCGUACACAGUCCGUGAGCCACUUGGUGUCUGUGGCCAGAUCAUCCCAUGGAACUUCCCUCUUGCAAUGGCGGCUUGGAAGCUGGGACCUGCUCUCUGCACUGGCAACACAGUAGUCUUGAAGGCUGCCGAACAGACACCCCUUUCUAUCCUGUAUCUCGGAAACUUGGUCAAGGAAGCUGGCUUUCCUCCUGGCGUGAUCAACUUCAUCAACGGUGAGGGCAGGAAGGCUGGUGCCGCCUUGGCCCAGCAUCUCGACGUUGACAAGAUUGCCUUUACCGGAUCUACAGCCACAGGAAAAGAGAUUAUGAAGAUGGCAGCUGUCAACAUGAAGAACAUCACACUUGAAACCGGUGGUAAAUCGCCAUUAGUAGUGUUUGACGAUGCAGAUCUUGAUCAAGCAGUCAAGUGGAGUCACGUUGGUAUCAUGUACAACCAAGGUCAAGUGUGCACGGCAACAUCAAGAAUUCUUGUGCAAGAAGGCAUCUAUGAUAAGUUUAUCGAAGCCUUCAAGGAGCACGUUAAGACCACCUCUGUGGUUGGCGACCCCUUCAAAGACGACACAUUCCAGGGACCCCAAGUUACCAAGACCCAAUUCGACCGUGUUCUGUCAUACAUAGAGUCUGGCAAGUCGGAGGGCGCCACUCUUGUAGCUGGCGGAGAGGCGUACAAGAAUGUUGGCGGCAAGGGCUUCUUCAUCUCACCCACCAUCUUUACCAACGUCAAGGACUCUAUGAAGAUCUACCGUGAAGAAGUGUUUGGUCCGUUUGUCGUUAUCAGCUCGUUCAAGGAGGAAGAAGAAGCGAUUGAACGUGCGAAUGAUACGACAUAUGGUCUCGGCGCAGCAGUCUUCACCGAGAACAUCACCAAGGCUCAUCGUGUUGCUAGACGUAUUGAAGCGGGCAUGGUCUGGAUCAACUCAAGCAACGAUUCUGACAUUCGUAUUCCAUUCGGAGGUGUGAAGCAGUCUGGCAUUGGCCGAGAGCUGGGCGAGGCUGGACUCGAGGCAUACACCAACAAGAAGGCCAUCCAUGUAAACCUAGGGAACAAGCUAUAG